AGCCACCAUGCCAUUGUAUGUAUGCUAUGUAUAUACACACACAUUCUGGAGGACCUGUGCACAUCAGUCAAUCUCUUCUGAUGCUUCAGAGAAUCCCUGCAUGUUCACUUACAGUGAACUGAGAAUGAUGUUGUUUCCCUCUAGAGGGCUCAGAAGUUCUAUCAGACUCACUUCUCCUGAGGAGCAUCAGUGAAGCCAAGCAGCAGGUGGAUGCAGCGUAUUUACGUGCUCGGAAGUGGUGAGUCCUUUUUGCAUGAAAGCUCCAGUUAUAAGGCAGGAAGAGAUCACCUAUGAGGCCUGCUCCAAAAGUAAUACCUUCUGUUUUAUGAUGUUGGCCCACGGUGUCAGAGGUGGAUGCUGGUGGUGUGGCAGAGCAGGUUGACCUCUGGGGAAGGGUCUCUACAAAUGAUCCAUGUGGCCAGGAACAGAAGCAACAUAUCCAAGAUUGUCUCUGCUCAUAGAAUAUAUACUGUGACAUCCUAAAUGUAACAUCCUGUCACUGAAAAACUCAGUUUACCAAUUUUUAUAGCUUUUCACAUAGAUUAACAGGUCUCAUUCUGACAAGGAUAUAAAGCAAACCCGAAAGGAAUCACGAUGAUGAGUCACGAUCCCAGAAUUUUACUGAGAGAGGAGAUGUGCAAAUCUGAGGAGCAUUCAGGUUGUUGUAGAAGAGCACAGCGUGCCGGGGACCUGCUAGUUCCAUCACAUCUAAGUACACCAGCCCCACAGGGCAGAGGAGGUGUUUACAGAGUAGGCAGUCCAUGAAGCUCUGUUCUGUUUAGCUUACAGCAAAAACUAGGGGACGAGUUUGCCAGCCCAGCAGAUUUCCUGAAGCACUUAAAGGAUCCAGUAGGAAGAACCAGAUCUGCAGUCCGUGCUGCCGACUACUUGGAAACUACUUUGAAGCUCCUCAAAAGAAAGCUGCAGCAGUCUGGGAGGAUGAGAUUCAACAUUACAGACAUAUUGGAUAGGAAACAGAAGGAGAUGAUUUCCAAAGAAACUGGCUGUGGCUAUCAGAUUCGCUCCAUUAAAUGCCCAGAGUUUGACAUUUACCGGACCAUUACUGGAGAGUGCAACAACAGAAAGAAACCUCACUUGGGGGUUUCCAACCAGGCAUUUGCUCGCUGGCUUCCAGCAGCAUAUGAAGAUGGAGUGUCUGUUCCCAGAGGAGCAACUGAAGGAAAGCUUUAUAAUGCGUUUCCACUCCCACUGGUUCGAAAAGUGUCCAAUGAAAUUGCUCAUACAGCCAAUGAGAACAUCACUCAAGAUCAAGAGCUUUCUCUUUUCUUCAUGCAGUGGGGCCAGUGGGUCAACCAUGAUGUAGACUUGGCCCCUGCCAGUGGCAUAGGAGCAAACCCAGAGCUUCACUGCGAUGCUGACUGCACCUUCAGGUCCCCUUGCUUCCCAAUUAAGUUCCCCCCCGAUGACCCGCGGAUGCUGAGAUCAAAUUCCUGCAUGCCUUUUGUCCAGUCAGCUUCUGUGUGCAAUCCCUGGACGUUCACUCGUGAGCAAAUCAAUGCUGUCACCUCUUUCAUUGAUGCCAGCAUGGUGUACGGCAGCGAGGAGUCUGUGGCAAAGAGCCUUAGGAACCAGACAAACCAGCUGGGUCUGAUGGCUGUGAACCAGAAUUUUACUGAUGCUGGGUUGGAAUUAUUGCCCUUCGAGAACAAAACAAAAAGUAUUUGUGUACUCACAAAUAAGAGCAUGAACAUCCCCUGCUUUAGAGCUGGUGACAAGCGGGUAACGGAGAACUUGGGACUUUCUGCUCUGCACACUGUCUUUGUCCGAGAGCACAAUCGCCUGGUGACAAAGCUGGGGAAGUUAAAUCCUCACUGGGAUGGAGAAAAGCUUUACCAGGAGAGUCGAAGCAUCAUAGCUGCCAUGACCCAGAUAAUAACAUACAGAGAUUAUAUACCACUUCUGCUUGCAGAGGAGACCAGCAAGUGGAUUCCCUUGUACAGUGGUUACAAUGAGACUGUGGAUCCAACGGUGUCAAAUGUUUUCUCCCUGGCCUUCCGAUUUGGUCAUGCCUCAGUGCAGCCUUUUGUAUCCCGUUUAGAUGACAGCUUUCAGCCUAUGGGUUCACUUUCCCACGUCCCUCUCCAUCUGACAUUUUGUGCAUCAUGGAGAAUUACAAUGGAAGGUGGCAUCGAUCCACUGAUACGUGGCAUGGUGGUUGAUCGUGCAAAACUGAUGAAACAGAAUCAAAUGCUCAUUGAGGAGCUGCAGAAUCACCUUUUUGAACAGACAGAGAUAAUGGGUCUGGAUCUAGCAGCUCUGAACUUGCAGCGGGGAAGAGACCAUGGACUUCCAGGUUACAAUGCCUGGAGGCACUUCUGUGGGCUCUCCCAGCCUCAAACAGUGGAUGAGCUCUCUGAGGUGCUGGGCAAUAGUGAAUUGGCCAAGAAGUUCAUGGACCUGUAUGGGACACCAGAUAAUAUUGACCUCUGGAUUGGGGCAAUUGCAGAGCCCUUCAUUCCCCGGGGCAGAGUUGGGCCCCUCCUGGCCUGCAUCAUUGGCACCCAGUUCAGGAACUUGCGUGAUGGGGACAGGUUCUGGUGGGAGAACCCAGGAGUUUUCACUCCGCAGCAGUUGGAAGAACUGACAAAAAUCUCAAUGUCAAGAGUGAUCUGUGACAAUACCCAUAUCAAAAAGUUACCCAGGGACAUGUUCAGAGCCAGCAGUCCUGGGAACUUUGUUGAUUGCCAUGAGAUUGACAUGCUCAAUCUCUCAGCCUGGAAAGAUGAGCCUGAGAGGGGCAGCAAAGGCACACUUUGACCAUCCCUUCAGCCCCACUCAGCCUGCUGUCAGCCUGAUCUCCUUGCAGUCCAUCCCUUAGAAGAUAACUCUUCCUCAUCAACCAGAUGGAAAAUCCCUGGCAAUCCACCCUGUCCACGUCCCUGUGAAUGUGUCCUUCCCUCAGCAAUGUAUUCCAAGCCAGAAAAUCUAUUCCAGGACAACCUGAGUCUUCCUUCACAUAAAAGAUGUCCAUGAAGAAAUCAAUAAGGAUUAAUCAAUCCACUUCAAUCUUCUACUCUGCCAGACUAAGUCUCUGCUUUCCCCUUGCCUUCCCUAAAGCUUUACAGUAUUUUGAAGAGUAUCUAGAGCUAUUUUGACAGUGCAUGGCCUGACACAACAGUAGUCUAACACACACAGCCAUGAUUAUGGUACAGGAGUGCCUUUAUAUAAAGAACAGCCAACUAUAUGUCUCCAACUACAUGUACUUUGGCAUAAGCUCUUCCAGCUGGAAAUGGAUGUGAAGAGAACAGAAGCUUGCAGAAGACAGAGCAGAAGGAGUUUUUCCUUCUAGCAACCCACAUAUAUGUUAUCACGUUGUCCUGCACAGAGCACAGAUAUCUCCCUGCAGUUCCCAUGGUCAGUUUCAUUCACAGUAUGUGAGAAAGACAUUGGGUGUAAGGGCUGAAUUGUGGUGACUGCUUUGAAAAGCUAACCGAGGUGUCAAUUCCCUUCCCUCUGAACAAUAGCAGCUUCCUGAUUUGUUUAUGAACUUCAUCUUAUGGUCAGUGAGACGUGAGACGUGUUGAGCCGCUUCCUGUGGCCUUUUUAUCACCAGGCUGGGAGGAAGCUGAGCUGCCUUUGCAUAACCUGGCAGCAGUGAAAUUGCAGGGCAUUGAAAACCAACAGCUCAGAGUGAAACCUCCUCAAGCACCAUGAGUUUGUCCCAAAAAGCACAAUUCCAAAGGGCCUUCAGGUUCCAGAUCACUGCAGGCACUUUUUGACCACGGUGUCCCAGAGGUGAAACAAGACACAGGUGAACCAGGCUAUCUGCCAUGAUGUUCCUAUUGGCCUAUUGCUAUUUUAAGCUAUGCAGAAAUAUGGAGAGAAGUAGCUGCCCAGCAAAGACCUUCUGAUGCUCAGUAGCCCUUUCUGCUUCAGGGGCAGUUUCUAAUCCUGCUCUUGCAACCAGUGUUGGAAACUCCUAAUGAUGGCACCCCACUGCUUUUUGGAAUCUGCUGCCCGUCCGUCCUGCUGAGCCACUGCUGCUGAUGGAGGCUCUGGCACGUGCUUCCCAGAGAGGAGCUCAGGACUGAGUCUACUGUUGUGUUUGCUCUGCUGUGAUGGGAUUAUCCCACGGAUGUGUAAAACAGUGCAAUCCUUCAUGCAGAACAGUGAUGUUUGGCCAUCUCUUGCCCUAAAACUCGUCAGGGUUUUACAAGACUGGGUUAGGUGCUCUAUGUUUUUAUGACUGUUAAAGGCACAGCCAAAGCAGAUGGUUUCUAUACCCAGUCAUGAAGGGGUGGCGAAUCUGAAAGCCAAAGCGCUUGCAUGAAGCGGGUUUCAAAUGUUGUCCUUGAUUAUAAUCUCUUAAUUGCAGUUUAUUACGUGCUGAUUUUGCCUUCUAAAUCAAAUUCCUUAUUCUUUGCCCCACUCAGAGUUUAGCAAGUUCAUGUAAUCUUUAUCACAACACCUGUCAUGUCCUUCUUAUUUUGCACAAAAGCAUAAUUCUGGGGGCUGUUUCCAGUUCACAGUGAGAUUUCAGAUUCUGAAGACACUGGAGAAUGUCAGCUGCAUUUUGAAGCACAGAGACAGCUCUGCUGGGCAUUAAUAAAAUACUUAAUUGAGCUCAUUGAUCUUUGGCAUCCACUCUGGCACAUCAGACAUCUGUCCCAAAACCUGGAGAGCUGUUGUCUAUUCCAGGCCAUGGUCACCAAGUUGGCCCAUACACAAACACAAACCACUUUUCCUUUUUAAUCACAGUACAGCCCAUGGUUUAAAGAAGCUCAGUACCUGAAACUCAAGCUUUUAAAGUGUGUUUAUUUUAUAUCUUAUUCGUGCUCUAUUCUCUCUCACCUGCAACAGAAAUUGUGUUGAGGACAAAGAGAAGACAGGGAAAAACCAGGAAGCUUCCAGAAAUCAGGAGCUGCAGCUCCCAUUGUGGAUGUGGAUAAAAAAAACAUGUAAAAAAUCAUGAGAUUUUCAGGGCAAGACAAGGACUUCAAGUGAUGUAUUUCUGCAGUUUGCCUCUAAGUCCUGCGGGCACAUUCCCUUUGUGCUUUCAAGAUCCGACCAACCAUGGAACACAAAACCUCCCUUUGCCUAAAGGAGGGCCAAGGGACCUUCUAACAAGACAACCAAUUCCUCAGGCAGGAUGGCCACAGGCUCUGGGAUAAAUGCCUCCAUCUUGUUGGCUUUUAGAGAGAAGAGCACAUAGCAAUGGUCACAGAAAAGAUCCACCUUGUCCUGGGGUCCAAGACGGAGAGAAGCUCUCAGGGUUAAGAUUACAAAGUAUUGUCCAGUUGUCCAUUGAGUGUCCAUCCAUAGAGCUCAGGCAGCACAGUUCUCAGAAAGGAAGUUGACCACCAUUUUACCACUUCCACUUAAAUGUUUUUCUUCUUCCGUGGACUUUUUUUUUUACACGGUCCACCACAACAUCCUUGUCUCCAAAUUGGAAAGGUAUGGACUGGAUGGGCGGACUGUUCAAUGGAUGAGGAUCUGGUUGUGAGUCGUGCUGGGAUCAGAGCUCUUUAUAAUCUCCAUCAAUGAAAUUAAUAGUGGCAUUGAGUGCACCCUCAGCAGUUAGUGGAUCACACCAAGCUGUGUGGUGUGGUCAAUGUGCCUCAGGGACGCCAGGGGUGCCAUCCAGAGAGACCUGGUCAGAAUGAGCGGUGGGAACCCGCACCUGGGUCAUGGCAACCCCUGCUAUCAGUAUAAGCUGUGGGGUGUAAGGAUGGAGCACAGCUCUGCCAAAAAGGAUCUGGGAGUACAGGUGGGUGGCAGCUGGGCACGAGCCAGCAGUGCGUCCUCACAGCCCAGAAAGCCAACCGUCUCCUGGGUGAAUCCAGAGAAGUGUGGCCUGCAGGGCAGGGAGGGCAUCUGCCCCUCUGCUCUGUGCUGUGACCUCACCUGGAGCACUGUGUC